CCCGCUGCCAUGGCAACGCCGCCCGGAGCGCCGGGCCUGGGGGCAGCGGCGGGGCCCGGCGGGGCCGCGUGUAACUGUAACACAUCACCAAAAUGAGUGAAAAGCAAGACCGAGGAGAUUCAGCAGAUACGGGUGAUUUAACAGAAAGUGGAGAAUAUGAGGAUGACUUUGAAAAAGACCUUGAAUGGGAAAUUCAUGAAGAAGAAAAAGAAAACAUUGGUGAAAGCAAGAAUCUUGAAAAAAAGGAAGAGGAUAUCGAAGCACAAAUUUUCAAAGUUGAGGAUAACUUUGAGGAAGACAAUGAUGAAAUGGAAGAAAACCCAGAUCAGCUUUCAGACACAGAUGAAGAUGUGAAAGUGAGACCCUCCGAUGAUGAAAGUGUGGAAGCCAGGUCUGAUAUUAAACCUGGGGACCACGUAUCUGAUACUGAUAGUGAGAGCUCAAUCCAGGAAUCCAAGCUGGAAAACCAGCAGGAACUGUAUGAGGAAGAGGAUGAAGAAAUCAAGCGUUACAUCUUGGAAAAAAUUGAAGAAGCCAACAAGCUGCUGGAGAAUCAGGCUCCUGUGAAUCAGAACAGAGAACGGAAAUUAAAAUUUAAGGAUAAGUUAGUGGAUCUUGAAGUUCCUCCUCUAGAAGAUGCUGAAGUGUGUAAAACUGACUGUGCAAGAGGAGAUGAUGUUUCAAAUAGGCUAUCACAGUUGCAGAUUUCUAAUGAAGUAGGACAGGAAAGCACUUUGCUUUCACCACAUGCUGACAAGGAUGACGAAAAGAGGGAUGGUAAAAUCCUAGUAGAAAAAGAUGGGAAGUUUGAACUUUUAAGUUUACGUGAUAUUGAAAGCCAGGGCUUUUUGCCCCCAAUAAGUGUUUCUUUUACUGAUAUUGAAACUCAACAUGUAUCUCCAAAAUCUUCACACCAUGAUCCUUUUGGCACUGUCUCUCAAAUGAAGGAAGUACCUCCAGUAAGACCAGGAGCACAUUCUUUUUUCCUUAGUGCAGAAGAUUGUGUUUAUUUCCCUAAGCCUCCAUCUAACCCUAAGCGUCGUCCAAAUUCUGCUAUCAGUGCUGCAAGAGGUCUGGGAAAACGGAAGAUUUCACAGAGGGUGCAAUCAGCAAAUGUGUCUGUGAGAAGCUCCACUUACUGUCUCUCCCCCAGACAAAAAGAAUUGCGGAAGCAGUUAGAACAAAGAAAGGAAAAACUGAGGAAAGAGGAAGAAGAAAGGAAAAGGGAACAAGAAGAGCAGAAGAGAAGAGAGAAUGAGAUGGUUUUUAAAGCUUGGUUACAGAAGAAGAAAGAACAAAUGCAAGAAGAAAAGCGAAUUCGUCGUGCGAAGGAGCUAGAAGACUUGAACAGCCAAGAGAAGGACAGGAAUCCAGAAGAAGCCUUCAAGUUGUGGCUUAAAAAAAAGCACCAAGAACACUUGAAAGAAAAGCAGAUAGAAAUUUUGAGACGCCAAACUGAGGAAAUUGCCUUAUUUCCAAGAACAGAGGAAUGCAACAGAGCCUUUAAAGAAUGGCUAAAAAGAAAGCGAGAAGAAAAACGAGCAGAAGAACUAGCUGCUAAAGAAAGAAUAAGGCAGCUUAGAUUAGAAGCCAGAAGAGCAAAACAGAUGCAGAACAUCCAGUGCAUUAAUUCAGAGGCUAAAGCCUUUCGCUUCACAGACCAUUACAGUUGAAAGUUUGAUGUAACCACAGAGUUCUUGGUGGCAACCCUCUUAAUUUUUAAGAUGUGAGUUUUGCUCUUUAAAGCUGCUUUUUGUGGAGUUUUUAAAACUUUCAAGCAAGCUUGAUGAUUCCUGUUAAUGACAAUGAUUUUACCAACUAUUUAUUUAUGAUUUUAUUGAAAAGCCUGCUUUUAUGUAUAACUCAGGGAUCUUCUUGGUUUGACCAAAUCUAAACAAGCUUUGCAAAUACACAUUCUUGUCUUUAAAAGGCACUUUAUUCUCAACUCCAACAUGAAUUCCUGGAUGCAGGCUAUUACGUAAAAUGUUCAGUUUUUGCUGGAGUAGUAUUGGUGUUUGCUGCUGCUUGUGAUGGAUACUGUACAAGGUGUUAUGUUGUUGGAAAAUGCUGUUUCUUGUACUACUUUCUACUGAUCGUUGACCAGCUGUUAAUUCUGGCUGGACCAGAGGACUGUUAGUUCAGGGAAAGUGGAAAUGGAAAACUACUGGAAUGCUAACAUGCAUGUGAACGUGCAAGUUUUUGAAACUUAUUGAAGUGAAUUGUAUUCAGUAUUUUCUACUCCAUGAAAUUAAAAUGUUGUGUGAAUUGUAACCUCUACCAAUAUGAAGGAAGCUGGAUUCCUUGUAUAUAUAUACCCAGAUUUGCUAAAUUAAUGAUAAUAAACUGUAUCACCUUACCCAGCUAAAUUUUUAGCUUGUCAGGGAACGUGCAAAGAUAACUCAUGAAAUCAAGUGAGUGGAAGAUGAACAUUCUGUCCAGCUACGUUCCCAACAUGUUUCAUGAUCCAGCAUUAUUAUAAUUUUCUCCAGUCAAAGUGUUUUCUGAAAGUACUGUAAGUGAUGGAAGUGUAGUAGAUGCAAAGCCAAUUUGUCAUUAUUUUUAUCUUACCAUUUUGGAGAUAGAUAGUUACAGGCAUAUUGAGGUAGGACUGGUGUUUGGAGGGUGCUGUGUUGCAGCUUUUACCAGCAUUGAUAAAGGAUAUGGACGUGAAAUGAAAAUUUCAUAUGAUAAUGAAAAACAUGCACCUUCCUGCACCUUCCCCUGUCACCAAGGGCAAGAAAUACUUCUUGCCUCUCGCAAGCAAACACAGGGGGAACCUUUGCAAAGGUCUGCAGUACCUCCCUAAUUGUAAUAAGCUACAAAAGAAGUGCUUCUUGGCUCAUUACCUCACACCAAUAAAGUGAAGGAUUUUACA